AUGUAUCCAUACGGAGAAGAACAGAGCGACAAGGAGAUGGACGUAGGAUUGAUCCGUGAUGAGCUGUGUGAAGAAGUAUUGUACGACUAUGGUAUAUGGUUCUUUGAUGACAAGCACUACGUCCUGUAUGUAAGUAUCAUGACUUAUUCCAGCCUGCGCUGAAGAGGUGUAAUCCUAAUUGAAAAUCAACAAUCCAGAGGGCCUCGUCACUACAAAUGCAGUGAUUUUUUGCCGAUUAUAAAAGAUAGCAAAAAGGAGAUUUUGAACAUUGCUUUUUGUUAAAUCGGAAAUCAAAAUAUAGAAAGCAGAUAUAAAAAAAAAGGACAGGAAAUGAAAAUAAGAAAACCUAUGUUCAAAUUUGGAAGGUGUACCAAAGGAUACGAUAGAAUCUCUACUCAGGUGACAAUCUAGGGACAAGAAAAUUUGUUCCUCUAAUGAAUCUGACUUAUCAAAGGAGGCAACAAAAAUAAUUGCGUUUUAAUAGUAUAACUUUGUGCUGCACAUUUUUUGACACGCCCAGCAGCUUUCGAAAUCCUCUGCAAUAAAAACGAGUCUAAUUUUAAAACCAUUUUCAUCAGCCUUUUGGGGGUUUUAACACUGCCAAAAGGUUAACUUCCAACUUCCUUUUAAUGAGACCAAAACUAAACAAAUGUUUACAACCUUUUCCAGAUUUGUGCCAAUGGAAUGAUUCGUUUCGAUAUAGAAUAUGUGAGGUACUUCCCAGUUCCAACCUUUGACGUCGAGGAAUUCCCGUUCGAAGUCCCUAUGUUGUUCCCCUUCUGGUCGAAAAUCGACAUAUACGACUCAUUCUGUUCCAGUGAGCAGGACUGCCUUUCUGGUGACAUAGAUUAUGAAAACCGUUCUGCAGUAUUCUACCAAGUUUACACGGAAGAUAACAAUGCAAUGAAUGCAUCAUAUAUUCUAGAAAAAGCUAGUAAAGACGUCAGAGAGAAUUCGAACGACCCAGAGUUCCAGAACUUCACGGCUUCGUGGGUACUCGUAGUGACCUGGUUACGUCUUCGUCCAGAAGAGGAGGCCGAGGGCGAUGCUGAAGAAGGAGUGGUAAGUCUUUCAGAAAUACACAUAAAUCACAAAGGUUUUUUUAAAAUGGAACUGUUCUUCUAACUAUCCUCUCUUUCCAGCAGGUUGUCAAUGCCAGCACUUUUUUACCGAAUUCGUAUUGACUGCGCACCACACACCAUGUGGUCUGUAACGGUUCAUAAAGAAUUUGAUUAAUUCAUUGCAGAACUGUCAUUUAAACGAAAAUCAAACUUAAACGUUAGUGCAGUCGUCGUAUAGCAUAGUUGAAACCAAUUGUUAAACUUAAUUGAAGGCCUUAUGUCGACAUCUCUUUUAAAAAAAUCUUCUUGCAAGGAAUCCAAAUAUUAUUGACACAAAAUGUAACAAAAAGCCAACAAGCAAUCCGUUUUUUUUCUAUGGAUUUCAGACUAAUACAUUCCAAGCAGUACUCAUCACUGAUGGAACCUACACAUUUCUGAAGUACCAUUACCCCUGCGAUUCUCUUCAGUGGGCAUCGCCAAAAUUUUAGUAAGUACAAAACGACCAAACGUUUCUAAAACUCCUGCUAAAAGGAGGAGAUUCCAUGUGUCUAGUUGAGGAAAAGUGCAAAUCGAGCGUCCAGACCUCGUAUCAUGAAAAGUGACAUGUUUUUCCUCGCUGUUAAGAGACACAUGUAUUUCGCAAACACUUGUAACAAAUUUAUUAGAAAAUUAUUUUCUCUUCAGUGAAUUGUUUCCAGAAGAUUUUGGCGGCUAUCCUGUAGCAGGUAUAAACGCUGGUGAUGGAAAUCUGGAAGAUGCCGAGAGAUUCUUUAGUCUCGAAGGGUAAGCUUGUUCACCAAAUAUGGCGCCUAAACUUUUGACUAGCAUUGACUUAAAACAAAACAAAACUUUGAUUGGUUUGCCCCUGAACUUGUCCCAAGAACCUUGCACCGCUCUUUCAACAACCCUUUCAAACAAACAAUAAGUUGCAAAUCUAGAAACCAAUCUCAAUUAUCUCCAAAGAAAACUUUCAAACGCGCACCCUCAUGAAUGCGAAUAGUAUUACGUGCAAUGAGCGCGCGCUAUGGCUAUCUACAGCAUAACUUGAACAACCAGGCUUGUUUUUGGAAUUAGAUUUUUACUUACCUUUUUGUUACUUCAAUUGUCAAAUAUUGGUUGUUUUAAUUUGAUCGAUCUGUGCACGUAAUCGCCGUUCUCUCUUCAUAGCUUGAGGUCUGAUUGUUUCUUUCUCUAGAUCGGCUUCUCCAGGGAUAACGGGUCUCACCCUGGGGAGAGAAAAUGCGGACAACAAUGGGGAGUAUUUCUUUAGACUUGAACGCAGAACAGGAGACGACCCUGAAACAAAAUGCAGGAAGUGGUCCGACUGGCAAGAAAAAUAUCUAAAAGAUGAUAUAUCGAACGCUGAUAACUUUAUCCCAGAUUGUCCCUGUUCGAUCUUCCAAGCUAUUUUUUCUCCCAGCUACUUUCUAAUUUUCUCCACUGAAUCAGACAGCGUUUGUUUCAUUAGCAUUUCCAUCUUCCCGUUCGCCAAGGCAACAGGUAGCAACAGUUUCGUACAAGGAUUUAUCCAUCGAAAGUGUUGCUACUCGACUUUCCUUGAAGACUUUGGUGCGCUUUUAACGGAAAGCAGUAAUCCCGGAAGUUUAGAAGUUAACUAUAUAGAUAAGCCUGAAGAUUUACUGGAUGAUGCCGAAGCGAAACAGGCAUGCUGCUUCGACUCUUUCAGCUGUGAUUUGUACGAGGAUGUGCGCCCCUCAGAUGAUUGUGAACGUUUCUUUAUUUUCCCAAGACGUAAGUCACUAGUUUCACUGACAGGAAAAAAUAUAUUGUGUAUAUUUAAGGUCAGUCAACAAAUUUUAAUUAAGUACCGUAAUAAGAAAUGUGAAAAUUAUCAACAGCUUUAGAAUUACUUUCAAGGUGUCCUAUUGGAACGUAUUGCCACGAAUAGUUCCCGACACCGAUAUCAAAUAGCAUCCUCGACCCUUAAACACCUACGAAUGACUAGCAUCUAAUUUCUCUAUACGUUGUCACUCCUGAGUCAAACAAUAAGGUUAUGAGAAUACAGGAACGACCACCCACCUAAUAAACUCUUGAUUGUUAAACAAAUUCUCCUUGUCAGUACUUUAGGAAAUGUAUAGGAAACAAUAUGGAGAAUAUGCGUGCUGAUAUUAGGGUGUCACGGAUAAAGCUUCCUGGUUUUUUUAAGGGAAGCAUAAAAUGUCAUAUCCGAAAUAGCCACAGAAACCUCUUUCGGUCCAUUUACCGGAGUUGCGACUGUAUUAACAAAAUUUCGAAUGCAAUGAUCUUUUUUUUUUCAUCAUGUUAACAAACCUGCCUUCUCUUUCUAGGUUGGUUUUGGGGAGAUCCACACUUUAAAACACUAGACGAUAAGGACUACACGUUCAACGGUGUUGGGGAAUACACCAUGGUUGAUGGCAAAAACGGUACGUUUAAGCUUCAAGCAAGAACAGUACUGGCCCCUGGAAAUCGUAGUAUAGCUACGGUGUUCUCUGCUGGAGCUGCUCAAGAAAAUGGAAGCAGCAGAGUCGAAGUUAGAGCCAAAAGUGGAGGUGGGAUUUUUGCAAUUCACAUCGAUUAACCAUUUUAGUUGUCUUUGCUUAAAAAGUUGAAUUAAAUCCAGUAAAAUACAGGAUACAUAUCUUAAUACAAUCGAUAUAUCUCAUGUAUGCCAGAUUCUCUCAGAAGCCUAUUUUAACAUUUUAUCUUUUGUGCAUGUUUUGCUCUCCACGUGCAGGUGGAUUGGAAAUGUAUAUCAAUGUUAGACCAUAUGCCGGGUUCGAUAGUGUGACAAAUAUCAGCAAGGAUAUAUCUUAAUGCAAUUGAAAUAUCUCGUCUGCGCCAGAUUCUCUCAGAAGCCUAUUUUAACAUUUUAUCUUUUGUGCAUGUUUUGCUCUCCAUGUGCAGGUGGAUUGGAAAUGUAUAUCAAUGGAACAUCGUAUGCCGAGUUCGAUAGUCUGACAAAUAUCAGCAAGGAGAUCGGAGAAAAUCUGAGAGCGGCCCAAAAAAAUCCUGGCUGCGUUGAGGUGACCUUCAAGAGUGGAUCAGGCGUUGAAUUCUGUGAGGCCAAGGGGAUGAUGUCAUUUGUGGUGACCUUGAGUAAAGAGUUCCUUAACAACACAAAAGGGCUUCUUGGAACUUACAAUAACAAUCCAGAUGACGACUACACUUUGCCGAAUGGGACUACUUUGGGUCCAAACGUCAAUUCCUCUACUAUUCAUUAUGAUUUCGGUUUGAAGUGUGAGUAUUGGUUUUCCACAUAAAUGGAAGAAUCAGACACUUGAAAAGAGAUAACCGAAAAGAUGGGUCUGUGGGUCUCAAAUGGAAGCUAUUUAACAAAAACGAGUAGGGAGACAAUCGGGCACUGGGCUUGUACUCUGUUAGACCCACCCUUCUAGUCUCUGGAUUCGUUCUAAGUUGCCCCGAGUUCCACUUCUUGGUUGCACUUUGUAUAUAGCCAGCUGGUCUGCCUCCUGCCGGCGAGGGUUUUUAAACAAUGCCAAAUCUUUUAUUUCUCGAAGUUAAAAACCAACGAAGAAAUAAGUUAGACCAUCAAAGAAACAAGUCUUCUUAUUGGCAUAAAUGCGCGGUUUCAUCCCGUUGACGAUUUCUAGUCCUAUUUAGUCAUCAUUUUAUUAGCACACCAAACAUUCCUAUCAUAGAAAUAUUAUAAUCUAAUUACUCUUUAAUUUAUUAGGGCAAAUAACAGCCGAAGAGUCUUUGUUCACUUACGGUCCUAAUGAAGGCGUUCACACUUUCGCCAAUGCAAGCUUCAAGCCCAUGUUUGUCGAGGCCAUCAAGUGGGCGGACAAUGCCACUGAGCAGGCAGCUAAGGAUGCUUGUGGAGGUGACGUGGUGUGUCUCUUCGAUGCUGCUUCUACGAAUGAUGUUUCCAUAGGAACCAACAGCAAAGACGUAAACGUGAAGUUAGUAAAGGAGAACGAAAAACUUGGUAAGCUAAGGAAUCGUACGAUAUUUCAUUCAGGAUAACUGGCUGGGUUCGCUAAAAUAUACCCUUGAGAUUUACCUUUACGGUGAAUAUCGCAGAUACGUUUUCUCUACGAUAUUCCGUUUCCAUAUCUGCAACACCAUGGGUUCUUACGAAGCUUUAGGCCUGUUUAAAAGUGAGUGUCUGACGUAUUGAGAACGGAGUAGCCAAUAGUCUCCAUUUAUGUCUGGUAAUCACUAGGCUAAAUCUCGGUUCUGAUCCGUACACAUAUUUGUUUAGCUGGUCAAUAACAGGAGUUCCACUUUCUCGUCAUAGCAAAAGCAUGAAAGAUGAUCCCAAACAUAUAAACCACUUGAGUAAUAAAUAAGGAAAACAGCUUAGGGCUCCAGUAAUAGGGUCAAACGUGGUCGUACUUUAGUGGAUUCUUCCAAACACUUAGAUCAGGAUUUUAAGAAAAAGCAUGUACAGAAAAGGUUGGAAAGAAUUUGAAAUUAUAGUCUUAAAUUUAACUUAAAUGUUGUCACUCUACAGCGAACUUCCCACCAAAAUUUACUUACGUUCCAUCAGUCAUCGAAGCCACAGUUGGGGAAGUCCUGUGGGUCAACGUCACAGCUAAAGAUAACAACUCCUUUACGUUUAAUGUCAUCAAAAAGCCACAAGGAGCAACUUUUAACACAGUGGGCAAAAAUCUACUCAAUUUUACUUGGAAUGUAACUUCUAAAGAAAAGGUAAACCUACUCUUAUUCCUAUCAUAACUUAACCCCUUUAACUCGCAUGAGUGACCAAGACAGAAUUUCUUCUUACAAUAUCAAUACAAUAUCAAUUAGACAGGUGAUGAGAAUAAAGAAAAAUAUAAGUUUGAGGAUUUUCUAUUUGAUCCAGUACCAAAGACUCAGAACUAGUAUCAUAAGAAUUGUAUAGCGAACAGUAAGGAGAAAUACUAAUGAGAUCUUGGGCGUUAAAGGGCUAACACAUUGAUGUGGUGUUAUCCUUCAGGUCAAAUUCACGUUCACGGCAACAGACGAAUUCAACGCUUCCAAAAGCUUCACACCCACUAUCAAAAUGUGCGCCUGCGAAAAUAAUGGCCAGUGCGUCAAACCAGCGCAAGGAGACAAGUUAAAUAAUGACAGUAAAUUCAUAAUCCAAGGUUGCACAUGUAAACCGGGAUACACCGGCAGGUUCUGUGAGAAUGACAUUGAUGCUUGCAAAGUGAACGGAAACCCUUGCUUCAAGGGCGUCAACUGUACCGAUAAACCGGCGCCGGCUAACUUAACAGGUUAUACCUGUGGAGACUGUCCAACUGGGUAUUCCGGUAACGGCAUCAAAUGUGCGGGUAAGAAAAUAUGUAGGCUUUAUUUUUAAAUUUUUGCAAAGUUCAAAUCAUCCUGCGGUAGAAUUUGAUCUUUGUUUUCUAUGUUCCACGCAGUUAACAAAUGUUUUACUUCUCUCUGUUCUAUUUUGGAUUCACAAUGAAUUGUUCGCUAUUCCAUAACAUUUAAUGAGUGUAGCAAGAUAGAGUAUUUAUUUUAAUGAUGAAUUUCACUAUGAUUCGCCAUGAUUCUAUGCUGAUGCGAUUCCAAAGAGUCUACGGCAAAAUAACCCCUAUCAAAGACUACGAAUUCUCCAACAAUUGUGUUUCAGAGCCAAUUAUUUCAAGCUUCUUCAUAGAGUUUUUCGGUUUUUUUUUUCGUAUGUAGACAUCGACGAAUGCAAAAACAACUCGAUUAACCAAUGUGAGCAGGAAUGUGUCAAUAACCCUGGUUCAUAUAGUUGCAAAUGCAAAUCUGGCUUCAAGUUAAACAGCAACGGCUUCGCCUGCGAUGGUAAGUUGAACGGAGAUUGAAAAACCCGGAGGUAAACCUUUAAGUAAAAGUAAUCAUUUCAAGCAAACAAAUAGUACAAGCUCUGUGAAGCGAUAACGCCUAGUCACUCAAUUUUCAGCUUUCUUUAUCACAGUAUAAUUGCUAGUGGGAAAAAAAUAUGGUGCGUAUUUUUUUUCUAAGAAGUUCGAAGAGCUGACUGAAAUAACUAAUCGUGCGUCGCUUAUUCACGAUAACUUACAUGAUCAACAAACAUGUUACAGUGUUACUCACCGAUUUUUAAUUCAUUUCAACGCGACGUUUUCUCAGACAAGGAGCUCGAUAAUUUUCGCAAUCUGGUUUCUUGCUGAACAUGUUUGUUAUGACUCAUUUAUUUCCUCAGACAUCAACGAAUGUGAGCCCGUUAAUGAUUGCAUGCACCAAUGCAACAACACGGCAGGAAGCUACAAAUGUUACUGCAAUGAGUUCUUUGAGGUUGACCCGGGAGACCUUAAAGCCUGCAAACGUAAGUUGAAUUGUAACGCGCUUCAUUAGUCCUAUAUACAUGAUUGUUCUGGAAUGAAAUUUUUUCCUCAAAACUUCCAAGUCAUUUUUACUUGUAACAAAAGCUCACCUUAGGGUUGAUAAUAAUUAGAAACCUAUGGAGAUCUAAGCAUUAGGGUUACACUAAUAAAGUUGUUACUUUUCCCACAAAAAUGAACAUGAAAUAAUCCUACAUACUGCUCAAGACAGGACAAUAGCAUUUACACAAGAUUAAACAGACUGAAUCCUUUCCAUCUUUUGCUCCAGCAACCAAUCCUUGCAAUAACAGCGAUUGCCAAAUCUGUUUUAUAAAGAAAGACAACACACAAGCUUGUGACUGCAAAGCGGGAUUUAAAUUAGCUAGUGACGGCAAAACAUGUGAAGGUAAGUUAAAUAAUAAAUAGCAUCUUUAGAGCACUCACAUGUCAAAUUUUUACACCAACAACCAAUAUUUUAGUUUUGGAUGCCUCGAUUAGGGGCCACUGAUUAAACAAUUGCUUAAUGAGUCUUCGUAUCCGUAACGUCCAUUGAAGGAAAAUGCCUAUCAAAAGGAUACUUGGCAAGGUCUUACUUAUAGAUGCUAAAUUGCAAUUAUACGACGAUGAAAAUUGUCCUGAAGAUGAAGGCCGAGAAACAACAAAAGAUUAGCGUUUCAAGAAGGUAAAUGCCCAAAAUGGGAAGAAAGAGCGAACAAAAUGGAACGGUAUACUUAAGAAAGUGGAAGACUAAUCGUGAACUCAAAGGAAACAACGAUAAAAAUUUUCGUUUUAAUUUUGAGAUGUACACAUACCACGCCCGACGAGGCCCAUUGAAGCAAGGUUGCUUUUGGACAGUUACAUCGUGCGUGGAAUAUACAUAAUAAAAACCAUCCAACCCUUUGUUACUUUGUCGUAGAUAUUGACGAAUGCAAGAUCGACGGUAUCAGGUGCACACAGAAGUGUGAGAACAAAGAUGGUGGAUACGAUUGCAAGUGUUAUCCGGGAUAUCAGCUCGACGCAGAUGGCUUCACCUGUUCUGGUAAUAAGUCUUAAACUUGUUCAGAGUUACUACAGGCUAAAUAAUAUCAAGCUAGUCCGUAUCGACCUCAUUCCAACGGCAAUCCAUUUUCCCUUUCAAGAGACAGCACAUGGUUCACGACUUAGAAUUGGUUACUUUUAGAUCCUUCUUGCAGAGCGGGAAUGGCGCAGUGGUGAGAGCGCUCGUCUCCUACCGCUGUGGACCGAAUUCGAUUCCCCUAUUGAGUUUGUUUUUGGUUUGUUGUUUGUUCUCGUUCUUGCUCCGAGCGUUACUCUCCUCCUUUUUCUUCCCUCCACAAAAACCAACUUUAAAAAAAUUUUAAUUUGACCUGGAAACAGUGAACAAGAAGAGCUACCUCGUAAAAUUUUAAUUGCUUAGCUCCCAUUCCCAUCAUUAUCACCGGAAGUGAUCUGGUUUUAUGAUGGGUGUUCCUCUGCUAUCUUCUCAUGCAAAAUCUUGUUUAAUUUUCCAAAACAGAAAUUGUUGUCUGGUUUAUGCAAAAACAUCAUAGAUGGUCGUGCAUGCAUGAAUGCAAAGCCAAAUUUAAAAUAAAAUAACAUGUUCGAAUGACGACACGUUUUUAACACGUUCUGUUUGGAAGUCGAUUUGUACUUUACAAACCAUCAUGUCUGCCGUUUCCAAUUUGAGUCCUUUGACUUAAGCGCAUAAAGUAAUAUUUUGUCUUGAGGAACUUUAUCGGCUGUAAACAAAACAUGAGCUUGAUUUUUUUUUCUUUCAGAUAUCAAUGAAUGCUUAAACUCAUCAUUAUUCAGUUGUCCUGGCAAAUCGCGUGUCUGCGAAAAUAUCCCGGGUAAUUACACAUGCAAGUGCCAGAGCGGACUGUUCUACAUAAACAAUACGUGCACAGGUGAGAAGCGACACCAGAAUUAUUCGUUACAUGUGGUAACGAAUAACCUCUUAACCGUCGUGAAGAGAAGUCAAGGUCUUACAUUGUGAGAAAUCGCUUAACUGAUUUUCGUGGGAUACUCGCCCUGAGCAAUGGAUGAAAAUCAUUGUCAAUCGAUGCCUGCCAUGUCGGCAUGAGUUAAAUUCAGCAGAUUUUGUUGAUCAUUACUAUUUUUAAUUGGUUUAAGUAGUUCAUUAUUCUCCAGUUGCUUCGAUCGAUUAUUAUUACAACGAUGAGAAAUUUAACACAAUAAAAUCUAAUCGAGCACAGAGAAAACAACCAACAGGGAAAUAUAAAAACCACCAGUAUAGAAUAAAAGGGUCAAAAAUUCAAACAACCCCACAAAGGCUCUGAGACUCGCAAACUGUUAUUCUCUUACAACACUUAACCUUGAUCUGUUUGGUGAUUUAGCCCUCAAACCAGGAGAAAAACCGCCGGAGCCGACAGUCCCAACGCCAAAGGAAGCAUCUGAAAAAGAAAAAGAGAAUGCGAUUGAAAUUACGCUACAAAAUAUGGAAAAGAAACAGGUAAACAACAGUGCUAGGACGUUUUCAUUUUAACCUUCCUAUCCGAGAUACAAACGACAGACCUUUGUGGUGUUCAUCUCCCAUUUUUGAGGGCUAUUUAGAAGUGACAGGAUAACACUAAAACCAUGUUGUUGUUUCCGUUUUUUUUUCUUCUGAUAAUUGAGUUGCUGUGAAGGACGCAAAGAUGUGAUCAGGGGACUUUUCUUGAGAUUUCCCUUUGCCAAUUUAUGUAAUCUUCAAAACUAUACUCCAAACCACCUAAUUUAAUAGUACUUGCUGUACCAAUAAGUUUGUGUAGAGUUGCUGUCUUUCGUAGCCGUUCUUUCUGAUGGCAAUAUGAGAAUAACUUUACCCACUUAUUUGUCGCCUUUUUAUAUGUAGUAGGAUGGUACGGAAUGGUUUUACAUUAAGGUGUCAUAUCGAACUGCCUCUGGUGUAUAUUACUCUGUCCACCUCAUGUGCUUGUUGUGUUUCUAUUUGCAAUUUACAGUACAGCGCAUCAGUGGAUGAAAAGUUCAGAACAACAUGCGCUAAAUCAGCCGACACUUUCUGCCAAAAUAAUAAAUCAGCAUGUGGGAUAACAAGCAAAAGGAGAAGGUACUUGUCUUAAAAAUGUGUUAAAGAAAUAGGAAGAAAUUUUUCAUGAAAACUUCCAGUGUAUUAGAAGCAAAGUACCUAUUAGGCUCCAUAUUGUGCCCAUGCUUAACAAGGAAGUCAAGCGCUUUUUCCGCCGAAUGAUCAUUGUAUAAUAUACGAAAGACGCCUAUCCAUUCUCCACUGUGUUGAAGAUUAGUACUUAUUUUUACCAAUUUCCUUAACUUUCUUGCAGGCGAUCCGCAGCUCUAAUUACCAAAGAUAAUGUUCAUUUACUACCAGGCUUCCCGAAAGAGGAAGGUAACUCCUUGAGGAUUGCGUUCUACAUCUUACUACCGUUAUACCUUACGAGUGGUGGCGUCAUUCCGGUGAAUGCCCUCGAAACUGUGAUAAAAAACAACAAGGCAGAACUGGAGCGAGUGCUUGGAGUUACAAUAUCUGAAAUCAAGUCUGCUAUCGUGCUCACAACCCCAAGUUCACCCACGACCACAUCCAAUAUGACCACUGCACCUCCAAACAUAACAACUCGAUCAGUUACCAUCGCCGCCACGGAGAAGACAAAUGACGACUGGAAGUGGAUCGUUAUCGGAGUCUGUGUCGGAGUUUUGGUCCUUGUUCUAAUUGCUGUCAUCGUCUUCUGUGUGUAAGUUCAUUCAUAAGAUAACUGAGAUGCUACGAGCUCCCUGAUUGGUCAAAAACCAAUGAUUCACUGCACUGGUAAAGCCAUAGUUAUUUUAUAACUAUAGGUUAAAUUUCACUAGUGUUCUCUUAACACCCCACGUGGGUUAUUACGCUGUUAUACCAAUACAAAGUGCGGUUUAUUGCUUUUAAAAAUAAAAAUACUGUUGAUGGAAAGGCAUCAGUACACGAAUUUUGGGUGCAUAGCCCUCUAAACGUAGGUAAUUGCUAUAAUAUUGAUAAUCAAUGAUUGCAGAAAAACGCCUUUCACGAGACUGAAAACAUCUUAGUAAAUUUACACAAAAUCAAAAGUACGGUAGGGACGGGAGAUCUCAACGAAACCACCAAGGAAGACCAUCUCGGUUUUUAAUAAAAUUGUAAAUAAGAUGUAAAUAUGCGGCUUCCCAAGUCAGACUCAUUUCAUGAGAAAUUUAGUCAGCUUUUUCCUUCUUUUUUGAUGAAGAGAAGCUUGUCGAACCAGCGAUCGAUAUUGAGGGGAAAAUUCCAAACCGUGGUAGACUAUUGUAAACUGUGUAAGAUAAGUAAAUUGACUGUUCAUUUGUCAUGACUGUAAAUUUGACCAGUUCUGGUCAAAUCCAUAUUAAUGAUUUUCCCGUCAGGAGCUUUGUCUUCCUUUUAUGUUAUCACCCUGUACUCCAGAUAUUUUACGCUGGUUUAAUGAUUCUAAUGAAAGCUCCACGCAUGCUUUAUCCUGCUGUGUAGUAUUGAAUCCAGCUCAUGCACAAAUCUUCCUUCAUUUCUCUUCAGGAAAAAGAAAAAGCAUACAGCAAAAAUAAGCAGUAGCCACCAAGCUUUAAAUGCAUCAGACGAAAAUUACAACCGAGGGGCUGACAAUCACGGACACGAAAUGACGGUCUAUCACGGACAGCAGCCAGUAGUAUGAACCACACGAGUCUAACCCACAAACUCUUGCAGUCACCACAAACAGUGUUUGUGGUGACUGCAAAUGGACUUUCAGGAUCGACAGAUUUACAAAAGCACUUAUAAAAAUGAGCACAAAACAUGUGGGACGUCGAUUUGGAGAGACUUAAAACUUAAAAAGUUUAUCGAGCCUUUGUGACUACUUCUAAUACUCUGCGGUGUCCAGAGGGUUAUUAACUGUUUUAAGUUGAAGUUUUGAUUAAAUGGGCUGUUGAGCUAAGUAUGGCGAUCCUUCAGUAUAGAAAAGCAACAAUACACAAUCGAAAAAAACUCAAAAAAGAAGACCUAAUUAUAUAUACCAUGAUUUCUGAACAAAGUCAAAAUGCAAAAUGAACUAAGUUACAACUUAACUUCAUCCGGUAUGAAGUACUAUCAACCAUUGUGAGAAUGGUUACGAAGCUAAUUAACCAUUGAAAAAUUGAAAGACAAGUGAAGAUUCUGCAAGAUUUAUGUUAACGACGUUAACUUCAGGUGGUAGAAAGCUCUUCAACCCCCAGUAGACUCAUCACACCGAAAUAUCAUAAAAUUCAGUUUCAAGGUAUUUUGCAGUUCCAGCAGCAACCACUCGAAAGAUGCCUAAAGCACCAUAAGCCACGCAGGAGGUUUUGGGCUCAAGUCCAUAAAUUUUGCCGGUAAAUAGCUGACUGGCUCAUGUUUUACCAGUCUGAUUUUUCACAAGUCACGUAUAUAUCAUGAUGAAAAAUUUGCCUGUGUGAGUAGUUUCAUUUGUGUAAUAAGUGUUUCCGUAAAGAUGUUUAAGCACAAAGAACUAAAAUUGUACUUACGCUUUCGACACAAAAAUAAAUCAAUAAACUUGAUUAAAGUUCCUCCC